UCACAUCCACAUUCAGAUUCAGAUACGUUCGCAUUCGGAUUCGGUUGGGAUUCGGUUGGGAUUCGGAUUCGUAGCCACUCCAGCUGUAUGCUUCGCGUUGGACCCACCGAUAGCUUGGCUUUCUGCUACAGUUUCAUAAUUGUCUCGGCCAGCAGCGGCGGAGUUCAUGAUUUCGCUCGGAAUAUGUUUUAGCCAGAUCAGUGCAGUGUUGGCCCGAAUAAGUGCUUAAAAAAUGCACUUUUGAGCGUGUAUGUACGUGUAUGUGGCAAGUUGCUGGCGAAAGAAAAUACGUGAAUGAAAAUAUGAGCGGCCACUGAAAGAAACCCACUUUUGAGCGUGAAGUGCAAAUCUUAUCAAAUUUUUCUAAGCUUUUCACCCGUUGAGUUUUACAAACAUGUUGCGCUACCUACUUAUUCUUUGCGCCCUCGGAAGCGCUACUUGCGGCGAUGUUGAGUUACUAACUCAGACUGUUUACGGCUUCCUGGACUUUACAACCACUAUUGGGAAUACCGUCAUGGUGUUCUCGCCCCAAAGCUCUCCAGCCUUCGAACUAAAGUCCAACGACACACACGAGAUAGUAAAUAUUAUAGAGACCAAGCCGAAAGUAACCAAGAAAGAAAAGGAGAAGGUCGGCAUCAAGCCAACGCCUUUGAUUGUGACUCACUCGAAUGUCAUUCCCGAGACCGAAACAUCCCAGAUUGAAUCUUACAACAUCAGUCUCUCCAACUCGCCCAUUCAGACGCUUCUGAAUACCCCUGAAUACGAUCUGCUCUCCCGCCAGCCCGAGCAGUUUGCCGAGGAAACCUAUCGCCUGGUGAACUUUAAGUCCAAGAACGAGGCCGACCGCCAAAGGAUAUAUGCGUCCAAGAAGGAGCCCGUCCAUGGCUACCAAACGCGAUCCAGUGAAUUCAGGAGCAUCGUGACGGCGACCAAGGAUUCUGGUAAAUUCUCAAAGGUCUCCCAGGUCUCCCAGGUGCACGCAGUUUCGAGCGUGGAGAAGAAGAGCAAGCCCCGACAGACGCGGACGAACAAGCCAGUCACGCCCUCGAUCCAGCCAAGCAGGACUCUGAAGGAGUUCUCUAGCCAGACCCAACUGUCCAGCAAACCACCGAGGAAAAGCCACCAAAGUGGGCGCGACAACCGAGGAUCAUCGGGCACCAGAAAGCCGUCUCGACCCAAGGGAAAGCGGAGGAAUAAGCACACCCAGAGUUCCAAGCCGGCAGUAGCGCCAUCAGCAACUGAAACUACCUCGCGUCCCUCGUAUCGAACAAAAGCCAACGCGAAUGCUGUGCAGGAGGAGCCGGUGUCGGUGGUGAGUCCCAACGCAUUCAAGCUCAAUAGGCGUCCUGGGAGAUGGCAGUACAAGUCCUCGCCGAAGCCCAAAGUUAACAUUAGGAAGAACGCCAACCCCAAUCUUCCCAGCCCCGCCCAAAACGACACGGCGCCGAGCGAUGAGAUCCCCGUGGACAUCAUCACCAACCAGGCCAUUAACAAUGGCAGGGAUCUAGAGGCGUCCGGCUCCCAGAACGGUCCGGUAGCUAACAACAACAACGACGAUCCCAACUCCAAAUACUUUGUGCAGACGUUGAACGUGGAAAUAUCGACACCCCAACCAUUCAUAGACACCUAUUACGAAAUUGCAACCAUUAAGACUCCGUUUAUAUUCCAGGCUGGAGUGGUUAAGAAAACGCGCUUCCUGACCGUCACCUCCACCAUUGAGAAAGUGAUCCAGGAGGAGCACACCAAGGAGUACUCCGAAGAUGAUGGUCCGUUGACGGAGAAUAUUUUGGAGGCCACCGCCAGUGCCGAUGAUAAGACCUUAACGGGCAGCGUUACGACCUUGAAACCCAUCUAUCUGGGCGAGGAGACGGAGACCCCCAGUCUGGAGACCCUAACGGAGUCCUUUUCCAUAACGCACACCAAGCUGAAAACCCAGAUCCUCCCCGUGGUGUACGCAAAAAGAAACGAAACCAUCCAAGUUACCCUGGUUCAGACCUACGAUUACACCAGUCUCAUCACCGUAACGCAGACCAUUUCCCCCUUGAGCGACGACUUCAAUCCCUCUAAGAACUUCAAGGACUUUGAGGGAAGUUUGGACGAGGCCGGGUCCGAAAUCAACCUGGACCUUGAGUUCGGAGACGAAGAUAAUACGGGCAAAUUCGACGCGAAGAUAAAGCCGAAACUCAAAGUUGAGGCAAAGAGUAAUGUUACCAGCCCAUUGAUCCCCUUGAUCCCGGAAUCGAUUAGCUUUCCGGAAACGCUGCAAAACAGCUUGAUAACUUCCACGCGACCCGUUAUCAAGCUGGAGACCAUCUGGGAGUCCCAUGUGGUGCCCCUGGUCAGAGGAACCGAAACCAUCAUGAGAACGCUCUCCAAGUCCGUGGGUGUGGUCGAGAAGACGGAAUACGUCACUGAAGUCGCCACGAUUUCCAUGCCAACGCCAUCCUCGCAGUAUCCCUUCUCGAUCAAUCCAUUCAAUCCCUUCAACCCAUUACUGCCCAUUCCCCCCCAGCAGUUCAUCACCUCCACCGAGGUCCAGCAGUCCAUGGUGACGGAAACGAGUUCCAAGGUUUUGAAACUGACUUUCGGCGCCAGAACCGCCUACACCACCAUCUUCUCAACCUCCGUCGUUCCCACAGCCGUCACUAGGUUAAUAACCGCUACCAUUCCGGGCCAGCCAGGCCAAUCCUUCCCCAACUACUAUCCGCCUCCAUACAAUCCAUUUGCCUAUGUUGGUUAGUUUUUAACUCCAUCUGCGUAACCCCAUUACUUCUUUGUAACUAGAAAUCCUGUAUUAUAUUUAAGAACACGUGCAAAUAUCGAAAAUGCGGUGAUACAAAAAGCAGUAGAUUUUAUUAGAUUGUAUGUGCACUUUGUCGCAAAAGUUGUUAAUGUAAAUACUUGAGUUAAGACUAAAUUAGGAUUGCAUCGAAUUUUUUGGAUCUAAGAUAAGCAAAAUAUGGUUGUAGUUCGGUUUAACUGCUGUUAAUAAAUUUUUGAACCUUUUUAAAUCCUCCCUAAA